UGGGUCGAGGCGGCCAUGGCGGUCGGAUGGCCCGAGGCGGCAGUAGCUCGGGCGCACACGCACGCACGCAUGUAGCUCCAGACACGUCGGCGUCGCCCGGCAUGCCUCGCGCGAGGCGCUAGGGACCCCACCAGGCCGGCCAUGGCGUCGAGGGGCCCCGGGCCCCCGCUGCUGCUGCCGCUGCUGCUGCUGCUGCUGCUGCUCGCCGCGGGACGGGUCGCGCCCGAGAAGAGCAAGUACUACCACAUGCAGUCGCUGUGCAAGAACCACUUCCUGCAGCAGCUGUACCGCAAGAUAGACGGCGCCGUGCUGCAGUCGCAGAACGAGCGCAACCUGGACUGCGUCAUCACAUUCCAGACGCACUCCAUCCUGCAGCGCUUCAUGCUGCGCUUCGACCUGCUGCAGCUCGACUGCAACGACCACCUCUUCAUCUACGACGGCGCUCACGCCGUCGGCAACUACAAGUCGGACCUGUCCUGCCGCAACACGCGCCAGAAGGUGGGCAGCAUCUACACCCGCACCAACUUCGUGACGCUCAAGUACGUGACGGACGGCUGGGGCACCGAGUCGAACGGCUUCAAGCUCGUCAUCACCGCCUUCAAGGACAAGAUGGGCGUGUUUCCAGAGCACGCGUGCGAGGACUUCCGCUGCAACAGCGAGUUCUGCAUCGACACCGACCUGGUGUGCGACCAGGUAGACCACUGCGGCGACAACUCCGACGAGGCGGGCAGCGUCAUCUGCUCGUCCAACGAGCUGGGCACGGUGCUGGGCAUGAACUCGCUCAUCUUCGUGGUGGUGAUCGUGAGCUCGCUGCUGGUGCUGUGCGCGGCCAUCGUGGGCCUGACGGUGUGCCUGUGCCGGCGCGCGGGCGGCAGGCCCGCCCAGCAGGUGGUCCAGCCGCCGCCCACCACCACCUUCCCAUACGUACGGGUCGAACGGCUCAGGGCUGACUCACAAGGCCGCGCCCCCGUAUCCCGGAGCUACGUGUGUCUACCCGCCGGGAAACUGGCUUCACCCUGCGGGCCUCAAGCUCGGGUACAGCGUGGCCCGGGCCCGCCUCUACUGCCUGGCAAAGUGAGGAGCGAGGGAUCCGACAGUGACAUCUCCUCCAGUCAAAAAGAUGAAUGGUUUGUGUAGAGGUUGGCCUGGUCCUGUGUCUGCAGGGUGAAGACCGAGUCGGUAGCAGUACCCUCUACCGGCCGGCAAUGCAACUAAGAUCUCGGAUAGUUGCUUCUUGAUUAAAUAGGUGUCGCGCAGCAGCGCAUUUCGCUCCGUCGUUGACCAAUGCUUCUUAUUCUCAUAUCUAUGCGACGGAACUUGAAAGAAAGUGAUGGACAAUAACAAACUGUAGUUUUGUUCUUUGUUUUUUCUUUUCUUCAUUUAACUAACAACCAAUGAAACUCACGUGUGUGAUCAAGCAUGCGCAUUGGGCAAGUGAUAAGAGUGAUAAACAAAACGUAUUGUUUCUGACACAGAAGUGCCUGUUCAAACUCACAAGUUACAGCACCACAUAUCCACACUUGCACGGAUGCCCAGACAAUUAUUGUAAAAAAAUAUGGUUUUCAUUAUUAUUUAAAAUGCAGCUUUGGGGGGUGAAAUUAUUAGUUACGUUUUGUGUGUCCGUCGUGUAGAAUAGUUAUAACUAUAUUUGAAAUUUAUUUUUUAAUGAAGAAUUUCACAUGCACCUUUUAAAAUAAACAUCAAUGUUUUGAAAGAAAAAAAAAAGUAUCAGUAGGCCUAACUACUGAUCAAAAUGAAAUAACCAACUCAGCACUCUUCGUGUACAGCACAAAAAUGAACAGUUCCAAGUGACUCUGUGUUCUGUAUGGAGGUUUUAUUAAGAUUAACUGAUUCAUAGAACGAUGAAAACGCACUGUUGUUGCUAGAAGUUUAGCUUUUGUUAAAUUACAUUGUGUGUGUAUGUGUCUGAGAGAUUUUAAUAACAAUAUUUUAUUUAUUAACAGCCAUAUACUGCCUGCCAUUGGUAUGAACAUAUACAGUAAUUAACUAUCAGGUGUCUUUGCUAUUUUUUUAUUCUUAAGUUUGUGUAGCUGAUGGAGAAUAUAGUAUUUUCACAGUAAGUGGAACAAAUUUUUUUCCGUACUGGUGAAUGAAAAAAAGGCCUAUAUUUUAAAGGACUUAAAAUUUUGGUCUGUUUAUAGCUUACUGUAACUAUAUAAGGCAUUUUAUUUAUAUUUUUAAUGUUCUCCUGUGUUAAAAAUGUUUAACUGGAUCAGUUUAUAUGUAGGCUAUAUUUAGUUAUUGGAGAUAUUUAAAAAACUAGAAUUUUUUUUCAGUAUUAUUAUUUAUUUCACAGAAAUAUUCAGGGAAAAACAACUGAAUCUUUAUUAAAAUGUAGGUACUUUUCUUCUUUAUAAGAUAUUUAAAAAAAUAAAAUUAUUUAUUUUUUGCUGUAAUCGGCUAAUCGCUUUGUGAUGAUUAUUUUAUUUUUCAUUUAAAUUAGUGUACGGUUUUAAAAUAUAAUUCUUUAUUAUUACUCAAAACAGGAGAACUUUCAGUGAAUGUACUAUACUUCUUCGCUCGCUGCUGAUUUGUGAGUAUAAACUUGAUAUGUAUCUAAAAUUCAUACAUUAGUGUUCGUGUGGAUGUUUCAUGUCAAAAAAAAAUUAGCUUAGUGUGCUUUGUCGCAGUGAGUGAUGUCCGGAAAGUCUUUGCAAGUGGCUGCAAGUAAAGUGUGCUAAUGACGUUAUAGAGACUUUAUUUUUGACAUAUUGCUGAAGUAAAGCUACAGUGGAGAAAUCUGUCUAUAAACUGAUUUGUUGCCGAUGUUCACGAGUGUGAAUGUUCUGUGUGUAUGAAUGCGAAAUGAAAAAGAAAAUCUUGCACUAGAGAAAACACAAAAGCGAACACAGUACACGACUUCGUUUUGGGAAGUUUCGAAUAGGAUGCCUUUCUAAGAGGAUCAGCCGGUACAUGGAAACAGAACAAUAAUCUUUUUACGGUAUAUUUUUUUGAACUUUUCAUAUUUCAAUAGUACGUAAUUGUAACAUUUAAAAAAAGUAGCUAUAAUUCGUCCAACUUUAUGUGGGUUGGUGAAUUCAAGUAGAUGAUUAAGAUCAGAAUCUUAAAUAUUGUUGGGCGUGAAAACCAUUGAUUGUUCUUUGUACCCAUUAAAAAACUCAAAAGAGUUUUUUUUAGGUAUUUCAUACCAUUUUUUACUGUGUGCGUUGCAAACUAUAUAAAACUGACUUUUCUAGGUACUUUCCUGCAUAAAUUAGCUCAAAAAUGUUGGCUUAAGCUUGCAGUAAAUUGUUCUGCAAAUGUGUCUGUGUGGCAACUUAGCUCUAAUCCCGUGUGAUGUACACUCAUGUCAGCGCUAGAGUUACUUGUUGUUUUGUAGUGCAAGACCUAAGUAUGAAGUCCCGCUGUACUUAUUUGAGUAGUUGUUCAGUAAAGUCAUUCGUUGAACAGUGACAAAAAAACGUUCUCACGAAAGCCCAGAUAUAUGUAUAAUCUUCGGAUUGAUGUGGCAAUGUAAGAAACUUCUUGGAUUGUGGAUCAUUACCAAAUUUUAGAUCAGGUUAUCAGUUACAUGAUUGUUUUUUUUGUGUAUUGUGAAAAUUGCUUCAGUAAUUUCCUAUCAUUUUUCUAAGCCAGCUGUUGCCAGGGUGUUUCUCUAUUACGUAUACUUUGAUUUUUAAGUAUUUGGCUUUACUUAAACUUAUAUAUAUAUACUUUUUACUAAAUAUUGUUUUGAAAAAGGUUGUUCCCAAAAAUUGUGAUUUUUUUCACUCUUAAAGCUAUUUCUCAUUUUGUAAACAUUUAGCAUGAGAAUAAGGGUGCCAAAGUAACAAUGUAUUUUUGAGCUCAAAUUUGACAGUUAAUUUUUUUUUAUAUCGGGCGGCGAAAAAUCAAUCAGCAUAUUACACUGAUUCAUGAGUAAAAUUUUAUUUUAUCUCGUUGUAGUUAAGUACACUUCAGUAAAUUUCAAUAUGUUUUGUGUGUACUUUUAUAAAUUACGUUUUGGAAGUAACUUUAAUUUCUUUCUUUCUUUUCUCAAGGAGCGGGACUUCAAAUGAUUGAACAUUAUGUACAAAAGUGAGAGAUAAAAAAAUUGUAAUGUGAAUUUAUAAAACUAUUUCUCAUCCCCGCAUAUCAUACACUUGCAUAUCACUACGAGCACACACUUGUACAAACCACCUUGCACAGUCAGAGAAUGCUGCCUGCUUCACUUACCCUCUCCUGUCAGGUCAGUAUCCAAUAAAUUACCAAAAUGUUACUCAGGUUAGACCAGAAUUACAUAGUUAAUAAUGUCAGUUCGUGAGUGUUCCUUAUGGAGUAUAAAACUAUGUUUCUUUUAGUAAAAAAAUUGAAAAUCGCA